AUGCACGCAGAACUGCUCGGAUGUGGACAGACGGGAGAAGGACAGCUGGGUGCGAGGCUCUCGGAGCCAAUGAUACGAGUUCCAGAGAGAAUUAUCGGUGCUCCAAAUGAUGCUGACGGCACUGCGGUUAAAGCUGUCGCCUGUGGAGAGCAACACACAAUUUUCCUGACAAAAGACCGCAAAAUGUGGAGUGUUGGAAGCAAUGUCGACGGACAGCUGGGACGAGGAAAACGGAGUGAGGGCUCGUUUUCCAUUUAUCCCGUUUCGUUGACGAGUGGAGUUGGCAUUGUACAGAUCGCCGCCGGCCGAGCUCACAGUCUUGCAGUGGCCGAUGAUGGCCGAGUCUUCGCAUGGGGCUCCAAUGAACACGGACAACUGGGAAUGGAGAACACAAUCACUUGGCAAGAGAUGCCAAAACGGAUCAAUCAACUCAACGAAGUGGUUCAAGUGGCUUCUGGAUCCGAUCAUUGCAUCGCAUUGACUGAAGAUGGUCGUGUGUACGUAUGGGGAGAACAAGCCGAUGGACGGUGCAUUCAUCAUCCAGAACUCGUCGAACAUCUCAAUGCGAUUCCAAUCGUUCGCGUCGAAGCCGGAGCUCGACACUGUGUGGCCAUUUCGGCGUCUGGAGCAGUCUUCACAUGGGGUCAGAACAAUUCCGGAGAGUUGGGAAUGGACGAUUUUAGGCCUCAAACCUCAGUUCACCAUGUCACCCAAAUGGAUGGUUUGGGAGUUGUCGAAGCGGCGUGCGGUGACAAUCACACAAUUCUUCUGACCCAUUGUGGACGGACCUUCUCGUUUGGUUCCGACGCUCUUGGACAGUGCGGAUUCGGUAAAAAACUCGAAAAACGUCCCAACCCCACAGCCGUCUCCGAUCUAAUCGGCUCCCAUGUCACCCGGAUCGCCGCAGGAGCAUGCCAUACUAUCGCCAUCAUCCGCGGAUCUCCAUAUCCAUUUGGACUGAAUUCCAGUGGACAACUCGGAAACGGGAAGAUUAUGACUCAGUCGACACCACGGAAAACUGACGAUUUGGAUCAUGUGACAGCGGUUUUUGCAGGAUAUCAUCAGACUUUUUUCAUCAGAUCCGCAGGGUCUAUUGAGCAAAACGAAAUUGUGGGACCAAGCUGCCCAGUAAAAAUGCCAUCCAAAAUCGAUAGAGAGAUCUUUGAAAAAGCACUGCGAUCUGGAGAAAAGUUGGAUUUGAUGGCACUCGUCGAAUCGGUGUUCUCCUCGUUGAGCAGUAUCAACAACUCGUUCCUUUUCCAAGACGAACGGAGAUUCAAUGUGGGAAUCGAUCGAUCGCAUGGUAUCGAUUUGGAUCAAGUCAUGGAGACAUUCAUGCUUUUCGAUGAGUUGGCUUCGAAGAAACUGUUCUCGGAUUUGAUCGCUGACUCUCUAUCCAUUGCCUAUGCUUCCUGGAAUUCCAAAGUGUCCUGUGUCGAGGGUCUCCGCCUCUUCUUCAUCCUUCCCUGGCUCCCAGUAUUCACUGAAAAUGUCACACUGGAUACCAUUUUCAAAGUACAUACUCCAUUCAUUGAAGCAUUGUAUAGUGUCAGUGAGAGCAUGCAGAAGACGUUGGGAAACUGGUGGAGCAAACUCUCAACCCGUCACUUCCGUCGCCAGGUUAUCGUGUAUAAGCGAGCGGUUGAAACCAUUCUUCGUGCUGGGAAAGGGCCAAGCAAGGCGAGACAAUUCCUGUUGACGCUUCAGAGAUUGUUCUUGAUUAAUCAGAAUUUCCACAUCGUCCCUUUGGAGACAUUCUAUAUAGAAGACCUCGGACAGAUUCAUAACAUAAAAUUGGAAUAUUACAACAUGGUCACUAAACAACAGCCAUUCAAAGAUGAAUCGGAUUACUGGACGCAUUAUCCAUUCCUGCUGAAUGGAGCUGCCAAGGGUGAAGUUCUCUUUGUGGAGGCUGGAUUGAUUCAGGCGAUGCACGCCCAAUCCGCCAUGAUUGCUUCUGGAGGCCUAAUCGAAGGUGUCACAAUGCAACACUGUGAUCUAACUGUCCGUCGAGACUUCAUCGUAUCCGAUACAAUGCACAAAUUGGCUGGAUUCAGUGAAAUCGAUGUGAGAAAACCUCUAAAAGUGACGAUCGUCGGAGAAGAAGCCGAUGAUGCAGGAGGUGUCCGGAAGGAGUUUUUCCUGAUUGUGAUGAGAAAAAUCUUGCAACCAGAGUAUGGAAUGUUCACGGAGAAUGAGGAGUCCAGAUUGGUUUGGUUCAGUGGAAUGCCUGCUGAAUUUUGUGAAAGGGAACAGUUCAGACAGUUGGGAAGACUUGUGGGAUUGGCUGUUUAUAAUAAUGUCAUUGUGCCGUUCCCGUUCCCAUUGGCGCUGUAUAAGUACCUCCUGGACAUUGAGCCAACACUCGAAGACCUCUGUGAGCUCUCACCCACCGAAGGACGUGGUCUUCAAUCGCUUCUGGAUUAUGAAGAAGACGAUGUUGAAGACGUCUUCUCUCUAACAUUUUCCAUCACUUUCAGCAUUUUUGGAGAAAUCAAAACUGUGGAAUUGAUACCCGGUGGAGAUGAGAAACCAGUCACCAAAGAGAACCGAGAGGAAUAUGUGAAGCUCUACGUCUCGCAUCGUCUGGAACUGGGAUACAACAAUGAGAUUGCGAAUCAAGCGAGAGAGUUCCGGCGUGGAUUCUCGGAUGCUCUGCAUAGUCGAGUGCUGAAAUUCUUCCAGCCAAGAGAGUUGAAGGAGCAAAUUAGUGGAACCGAGAAUUACGAUUGGAAUGAGUUUAGAGAACUGGUGACCUACAAAGGCGAAUACACGGCUUCCCACCCGGCAGUCAAGACCUUCUGGAAGGCCUUCUUCGCUUUGGACGAAGACGAAAAGAAGAAAUUCCUUCAAUUUUUGAGUGGAUCCACCCGGAUUCCAGUUGGAGGAAUGAAGGACUUGCAUCCGUUCAUCCAACCGACAGCUCCAGAAACUCUCCCCGUCGCCCAUACAUGCUUCAAUCUUCUGGACCUCCCCAACAUCUCAGAUGACGUGGAAAUGCUCCGACGUCUUCGGAUCUCGAUUGAGCACACUGAGGGAUUCACACUUGUUUAA